AUGCGUGCCCGGGACCUCUGUACUGCGGCUUUUUACGACGACGUGCAGCGCCUCCGGCAGCUUGUCCGUGCCGCCCUCCCGGAGGAUGAGGAGGAGGAGGAGGAGGAGCAGGUCGCUGGUGACGAGGAGGAGGAAGAGGAGGAGGAGCAGAUCGCCCUCAACAACCUCGGGCGGCGGCGCAGGCGGCGGGAGGCAGUCGCGGCGCUUCUGGGAGGCGCCAACCUUCUCCGCGUUGUUGAGACAGGCGAGGAGUACGGCUUUCUUUUCCGAGUGGAGGAGCUCCGCAAUGACGGCAGAUUGCAACCGCAGUUUAAAGUGAGUCGGCGCAGUCGGUACCCAGCGGCCCCGCUCCACUGGGCCGUUCUCGGCCGUUCGCACCACGCGGUGGAAUUCCUUGUGACGAGAGGGGUCGAUGUACUACAAGAGGUCCCCGACUUCCCAAGUGUCACAGCAGCCGCUAUCUGCCAGUGUAACAAUUCUUUAGAGACGGCGAGGCGGCUAGAGAAAGCCGUUGAGGUGCACCAGCAACGCCUCCAAAAUGAAGAGGAACAGAAGCAGAAAUGGCUGGAGAUCCUCGAUGAAAAAAAGAAGGAACGCGAGAGGCUAGCUGCGCUGGAGGAACAAGAGGAGGCGGAAGGGAGCAACGAAGAGGGUGGUAGUGAUGGUGAUGAUGCCGACGCAGGUGACGAUGACGAUGGUGCUGACGACGACGCUGACGAGGAGAAUCCAGAUGAUGACGCAUAG